UUGCUAUCAUUUAACAAUCAGACAGGAGAGAAUCCCUGUCUCUGUGUCUCUUGUCUGAGAGUCCAUCACAAAAGGAUUUAAGUCCUCGAGCACAAACUGUAACUCAGCUGUUACCACAUAGCAUUAUCCUCAGCUCAGACCUAUCAGUAAAGAUGUACCGUGGGCUAGUGUUACUGUUUUUGGUUUUGGUGCUGGAAACCCGAUGGAGUGAGUCGAGCUGUCAGCAGUCAGAGUCUCAAAGAGCAGUUUCAGGCGAGAGUCCGAGUUUUCGGCUGCCGGCUCAUAACUUGCUGAAGAGGUAUAAUGACAUAGAUUAUGACAGUUUCGUCGGAUUAAUGGGGCGCAGGAACGCCGACACAGAAGAUAUACCACCUCAGCGUAAAAGGGAAAUGCACGAUAUCUUUGUUGGACUCAUGGGGCGACGGAGCGCUGACCCUGAAACUGGGCGCCCAUGGAAGAAAGAUUACCCAGAAACAGGCUCAAGCGGAGGCAUCUUCUUCAACAAAUGCAAACUGAGGUUUCGUCGUGGGUUAUAGGCAAAUGAAUUGUUUCCUAUCCAGCCAAUCGUCUAUCCCACCCCGUCAUGACAGAUUCUUUUCAAGACAUUUCUUUGGAGCAACAACAAAAAGUCAUAAUUUAUUUUACAGAAGUAAUAGAGCAAGAGAAAAUAUUUAUAUAAGAUGAAUCAAAUAAACAUGAUUUCCUAUGGUGUGAUUUGUUUCAUUGUACUGCAAAUUAUACAUUAACCUAGAUUACAUAUCGCCACAUUUAAAUAUUCACUUACA